AACAUCCUCACGUGGUGCCGUAGCGCAGCCCGCAACAUCCCCUUCUUCGUCGACAUCCAGUAGUAAUUGCGACGCGAAUCACAACUAUCCUCAAUGGGGUGCCGGAGUAAGAGUCACAAGGAGUAGGGCAGCGAGAUCAUUCUCCGGCUUCGCGUUUGCCAGCGGUCACGCCUUUAACGAACGUGAUCUUCGACUGCAAGAUUGUACGGAUACUAGCACUAAGGGAAGCAAAAAUCACGAUGAGGAAUACAACAAUGACUACGCGCUGCAGCAGCAGCAACACGCCGCCCCUCUCGGUCCGUUUUCGUCCUUCCACCAGGAGGCUAUUCGACCAAGCCUGGAAUGCCGCCUAGUCCCUCACGGCGACUCGCUCAACCCAUCACGAAGCGGGCCGGUGGUCUACAUUGGUGGAGCCUCGAGGUCAACACGGCCGCACCCUGCGGCAGACGCGAAAUUCUCCACUGUAGAUGCACGUCAGCAGAGUCGAGGAAGUCCUCCACCUGCACCCUCUGUGGAAUAUUCGAGAAGAGCAGUUGGCGCAUUAGCAGUCGGGGGUCGGUUGGUGCCGGAGACAUCGAGAUCGGA